AUGGCUCAUGUGUCCACAUGGAACGGCACCACAGAGGUCGCGGUGAAGAUGCUGAAACCGGGUACCAUGUCCACGGAGGAAUUCCUCAAGGAGGCCCGAAUCAUGAAGGCGGCUCGGCAUCCGCGACUGGUGCGUCUCUACGCGGUCUGCAUCGAGGACCCCAUCCUCAUCAUCACGGAGUUGAUGCCCCACGGCAGUCUGCUGCACUACCUACGUGACGGUGCCGGCAAGAACCUCACUCUGCGACCUCUCGUAGACAUGAUGGCGCAG